ACCGCGUGGCCACGUGUUCUGCUGCUUACAUUAAUAUCUUUGCCCUACCGACAGCGCCGCUACAUCCUCUCAGUCCGUACAUCACAUUGUCCGUCACGACUCGCGUAUUAAAAAUCCACUGUCCGGCGGUCGAUCGACAAUGACAUUUUGGUCCACCUCGCAAUAUUGUUGUACUUCAAAACAAUAUUUUCUAUAGGCAACACCCUCCCCUCCCCGGAAAAAUAUAUAUUUCGAGUACUACUACUCAUCUCGUCGUUAGAGCAAAACAUUCGAGAAAAACCGAAAUGGACUUCCAAAGCGCCAUGGAAACGUUCGCAGAAGCGUGGGUGGCGGCCAGCGCCAAAGGCACGUUCACUUACCCGGCCAUCAACGGUUUUCAGAGUCAACCAAUAACGUUGCCAGCGCACUUGCAAGGGUCGACAUCUCCAGUGUCUACUGCCACUGACGGUCAAUCCGGUCCAGCAAAAUCUAUUCCGGUACAUUGUGUGGUGGAGUCCAUUAAUCAUGUUUACCAAUGGAGUCAAAAGUAUUCUUCGCCGGGUGUUGGCUCUAAAGGUCACGUGGAAUUAGACAGAUUUGUUAUUAUUCCAAAUAAUACCGCGUUCAGAGAUCUGACGGAAGCAGCGUUGGUGCGACUUGGCUACUCGAAAGAUAUUGUAGCUGCUUCUAAAGGAUUAGUAGUAUUAAAGAAUUGGUUGCCACUAGACUUAGACACAAUUGCAGAAGAUCCAGUAUUGACGGUUAGUGAUGUUUUGGGGGAACUCACUACAUUAGCUACUCUCAGGAUAUUGGUUUUCAGGGAGUCGAAGAAUAGGUUUUCCGAUUUAAAAGAUAAACUACUCAAGCUUCUUUUAGUACAAAGCCAAACGCAACUAGCUGCUUCUGGGUGUCCACUCGACGAAGCGAUAAUCCUACAAAUGAUGAAAGUUGGACAAGCAUGUCCAGAUUUGCCUGAAGAUUUGUAUAAAAAAUUUGAGCAAUGGUGGAUUAUGCAAUCAUCUGCAGUGGUCCCCAAAAUUCAACCAUCGGUAUUACCUCAAUCGGUUAGAGACAUGUUCUAUCGUAACGGUUCAUCUCCGAGACACUCUAAUCUGCAAGAUAACUCUUCACAUUGUAUUAUUUCCAAAACCGAUGUCAAGCCGCAUAUACUUCAGUCCAACCCUCAGAGCCAAUUCCAAGGUCAAAAAACUCGCAUGCGAACAAGUUUUGAUACGGAACUAGAACUUCCAAAAUUGCAAGCUUGGUUCUCCGAAAACCCUCAUCCUAGUAGACAACAAAUUCAUCAUUACGUCAGCGAGCUGAACAACUUGGAGUCACGAAAAGGCCGUAAGCCUUUAGAUGUCAAUAAUGUCGUGUAUUGGUUUAAAAACGCUAGAGCGGCGCAAAAACGUGCCGAGGUGCGUGGUACGAAUUCAGGCACCAAUGAUGCAAACCCUGGUAUCAAUGACGGUAACAUGAACGGUUAUUGCAAAAGCCGUAGCCCCAGCGAACACGGUGGUAAAUCGUACAGCGGUCAAGGUUCAGCGAGCGACGUUGAAGACGAAGAAGAUGAAGAAUUUGAAGAAAAUCGAGAUGAUGACGACGUGAAACCAAUGAGUCCUCCGGAAGAACAACCAAUGUCGCUGACAACUCAUGGCAGAUUCAGUAACGGCGAUGCAGAUUCUUCUAGACCCCAGUCCCGCAGUUCCCAAAUAAGCUCCGAUCAUAAGGUAAUGGUGAUCAAAGAAGAACCCCCCGAUAAAGAAAAGUCCACCGGCCUGAACAAUAACAACUACGAUGACGACGACGAUUUUGACGAGGACAUGGAGGACGAAGGAUCUGAUGGAGGAAGUUGCAAGCAGAUAACAUCUAGCCCGGACCAAUCGUCUGGUGGACACCCGGUUGCGCCAAAUGUGUUCCAUAGUGCCGCUUCGGAUUUACACCAGCCGCUGGUCCGUCCGGGGUUCCCCAUUGUGCCCAACUCGAUGUUCAGCCACAGUUUUAUGUACAUGAGCCAGUGUCUACCAGGUUUUAACAUGGGUCGCCGACCACAGCCCGACACGCCACCACCACAAUCGCAACAACAGCAGGUUAGGUGUGCGCCUAAUGUGGCGGGUCUGAAUCUGUCGGCGUUAGCCGAGGAGCGCCGAAAGCGAAACCGAACGUUCAUCGAUCCUGUGAGCGAGGUGCCACGACUAGAACAGUGGUUCGAACACAACACACAUCCAUCGCACAGCCUGAUCGCCAAGUACACGGAUGAACUGAACCGCAUGCCCUACCGGCAGAAAUUCCCGCGGCUCGAGUCCAAAAACGUUCAAUUCUGGUUUAAAAACCGACGGGCUAAGUGCAAAAGGCUGAAAAUGUCCCUGUACGACGCCAUGUCUCCAAAGGAUCAGUUCACUAUGCCCACGUAUCUAAACCACGAUUAGGUUUUAAGUUUUUCAACAAUAAAGUGAGACCCGCGAGGGGAAGAAGCGUACGCGUUCUAUGCGAAUAACGCGUACAAAAUAGAUAUUUAUAGUUUCACCUGUCAUACCCUUCGCCUCGGCCCCAAAUACAUAUAAAAUACAACACGGCUAAAAUACGUUUUUCUUUUUUGUUUUUGUUAACUAGAUCACUGCACCUAGUCAGGAACGGUUUUUAUUUCCUCUCUACCUCUAUAUAUAUAUAUACGAUUGUCAAACGCGUGUCCCGUUCCCACCGAACUCAUAGCGGCGCGCAAUAUUCGCUUUUGGGCCCGACAAAGGCGCAUACGUUCACAGCAUUCAACGGCGUGUGUUACGUGCGAAACGGCUAUCGCAAGACUAGCUGAGCAUCUUACUUUAAAUAAUUUAAUGAUGAUAAUACAAGUUAAUUGUUGCUUGUGCGCUUAAGAGUUUCGCGUACGUUGUAGUAAGUUUGCAAUAUAAUAUAUAUUAUAUAUAAUAAUCUAGUGUAUUUUUAAGUGAAAAAAAUGUUCAUAAAAGUAUGUUAUCCUAUCUUGGUUUUUUCCUGAGACGUCCUGAAUCUUGUAUAAUACUGCAU